GGGCUCGUUUCUUCUAAUACUUGAUGGUUUGCCGGAUUUUCCUCCGAGAUAUUGUUUCAUGUAUUACGCGUAUGGAGCAUGCGGAAAGUUGUACCGAGUAGUAGCUAGUAUCUGUACACAUUGCUUCGCCCAGAAAUGUUUUCUCUCUUUCUUUUUUUGUUUUUUUUGUUAAAAGAAAUUAAUGUUCUCUAUUGCAAGUCCCUUCCAUUCGUGAUGAUUUCACUUGAUGGUUUCUGAUACAAAAUAAAGGUUUUCGAUUUUUCCUUGCAAAGUUGCCGACUUGACGCGGGUACUUGCUGUGUGGUUCUCAUCUGUUUUAUAUCAAUUCAUCUGAUGAGUUGUUUGCUAGAACCUACCUUGCCUGGGUCCUGUAAUUUUUCUGGCGUUGAGUUUCAAAUUCUAAAUGGAAAAGUAAUCAUUAAUCAUGAUGCGAUCACAUCUGUCGACAGCAAGUCCUCAUGCUUGAAGUUAAGGUUGAGAUUCAUUUUAAAAAAAUGUUAUUCAAUUUUUUCUAACUAAAAUAUAUUAAUUAUUGAUGGCUUAAUGGAUGAGUUAUAUAGUGAGUGGUAGCUCUCUGGAUCAGUAAUACCUUCACUUGUAAAGCGGAGGGAGCAGAGAGAUUUAACUUUGAUUUAGAUUUGAAUUCAAGAUUUAUUAGAUUCAGUAUCAAUGAGUUGUAAUCUAUUAAUAGCAGAUUGCGUGUUUAUUAGUGGGUGAUGUUAUAUUUAUAAUUGCUAUUUAUGCGAAGUGCAUGUGAGGCCGAAGGAAUAAUUUAGCAUUGGUUUGGAGCAGGCGUUGAUGCAUGGACACAUAAGUAGAAAAUGAAUUUUGACUUUGCUGUUUAGGUAAGUAUGGUUUUCAAUUUAGUUAUUACUUGUUAAAUCAAGUUUAGUUUGGACCGGUUUAAUUUCUGUAGUUUUGAUUUUUCAAAUUUCAUAUUUUAUUUAAAUUUUCAAUUUGAUUCAAGAAAACAAGGGAUUGUAUGUAUGGAUGUGCACAUGAAUGAGAUCCGAUAAGGCAUAAUUCAUACAAGGGAAUGGUGCACUGUUGCCGUCACAUAAUGAAUUUAAUAUAGCAAACAGAAACUAUUUUUAUUUUUAAAUAAUGUAAAUUUCAAACAAAAAAUGCAUUCUUUGAAAACAAAACAUCUGUCUCCAAAACAAAAACAUAUAUACUACAAAAGAAUAAAAAGUGUUUGUCUUCGUCAAUAACCGAACCAGUUUAUUAGUUUAAGGCUUUAAUCCGGUUGCCACCGUGUCCAGCAUGUGAAGCUCCUGGAAAGCUAAGUGGCUUUCCACCCCCAGUUGUAGAACCCAUGUGACCAGUGUCUUAGUUCCUUGAUCUAAAUCCCCAUGUGACCAGUGUCUUAGUUCCUUGAUCUAAAUCCUAUGUACCUUUGUUAUUUAUAUGGGCAUCUAAUUCCAAUUCUCAUGUGAAGGAGGGAAUGGGAAGAAUUCUAGGCUUCUUGUUAUGUUUCUCAGGUCUUUUCAUCAGUGUAGCAAAGCAGAUUGGAACAUUUUAAAUCUGAAAACAAAGAAUGGGUUGAACAUGAGCUUGAAAAAUUAUUGUGAGAGUUGGCGAAUGAAUGUUGAGCUACACAACAUCCAAAACUUUCAGGUUGUGCCUCAGGAAUGUGUAUCGUACAUUGGAACAUAUGUCAUUUCAACUCAAUAUCAAGUUGAUUCUGAAAGAGCAAUUGAGGAGUGUCUGGUUUAUCUUAGCACUAGCUGCAACCUGAAAAAGGAUGGCAGAGAUGUGUGGCUAUUUGAUAUUGAUGAUACCCUCUUAUCUACUGUGCCUUAUUUCAAGAAACACCAAUUUGGUGGGGAGCAACUGAACUUGACAUCACUCGAAGAAUGGAUGAGACAAGGCAAAGCACCAGUCUUGGAAUACUCUCUGAAGCUUUUCAACGAGUUGAAAUCCAGAGGAGUUCAAAUCAUUUUGGUUUCUUCAAGAAGAGGACAUCUCAGAUCAGCCACAAUAGACAACCUCGUUGAUGUUGGUUAUCAUGGCUGGACCAGUCUCAGACUAAGGGGGCCAGAUGAUGGAUUGGAUGGGGUGCAAAAAUUUAAGGCCAAUGUGAGAAAACAAUUGAUCAAUGAUGGGUAUCGCAUUUGGGGCAUUCUUUGAGACCAAUAUAGCAGCUUUGAAGGGCUUCCUGAUGUGAGAAGGACAUUCAAACUUCCAAAUCCAUUGUACUAUGUUUCUUGAGACAUCAUCCGUCUAUUGCACGUUUGGUUCAAAUCAUCUGUGCUAUGUUUCUAAUGUGUUUUUGUGGCUCUACUGAUAAACUCUUGUUGAACUUUCUGAGAACUGAAACAAUUCCUUAAUUUAAUUGAUUUCUCAAA